CUUUUUACAUUUUUAUACAAUAAUUAAAACUUAACCAGAAAAAUCAGUAGUUCAUCUAAAGGGGGGUGUAUUCCAGUAGUUCAGGCGCCCAAGCAUAGAAAAUAACAAUGGUGUCGACAGCACAACUGUCAACUGAAUGAUUCAUUAGUAAAUAUUCCAAAAAAGGCUAAAGUGUAUGUCCGAGAGCGAUUACGACGACGUUUCUGAAAAAACUGGUCUAAUGGACGGGCAUGUCGCGGCCAAUGGCAGUGGAAACGUCAGCACUGGUGAGACUAGACAUGGACCGGAGAAUCCGAGAAAAAGACUACAAAGAUCGGAGUCGUAUCCUUCGAACAGGCCCUCGUUAAACUCACAAAAUAAUGAACAACCGUCAUACCAAGAAACUGAAGAGGAGGAACUAAAGUAUGGGGCCAAACACGUUAUAAAGUUGUUUGCGCCAGUAUCCCUUUGCAUGGUCGUAGUGGUUGCCACAAUCAGUUCUGUUAAUUUUUAUUCGAGGAAAGAUGUUUACUUCAUAUAUACUCCAUUUCAUGAGGAGAGUCCAGAAACAAGCACCAAAGUUUGGAAUGCCAUUGCAAAUUCUUUUAUUUUAAUAGCUGUGAUAAUAACUAUGACUGUGCUUCUUAUAGUACUCUAUAAAUAUCGUUGCUACAAAAUAAUCCAUGGUUGGUUGAUUGUAUCAUCUCUCAUGCUGCUUUCCAUCUUUUCAUAUCUGUAUCUUGAGGAAACACUGAAGGCUUAUAACAUACCAAUGGAUUACAUAACUUUAUUGUUCAUAAUGUGGAACUUUGGAGUGAUGGGGAUGUUAUGUAUUCAUUGGCAGGGUCCACUUUUGUUACAACAAGCUUAUCUAAUAUUUGUUGCUGCUCUAAUGGCUCUAGUAUUCAUAAAAUACCUUCCAGAGUGGACAACAUGGGGUGUUCUUGGAGUAAUAUCUAUUUGGGAUUUAGUAGCAGUGUUGACCCCAAAAGGGCCCCUUAGGAUUUUGGUUGAAACUGCUCAGGAAAGGAAUGAACAGAUUUUCCCUGCACUCAUUUAUUCAUCAACUUAUAUGUAUGCAUAUACGGCCAUGGCUACAGGCGACGAUUCCUCAACAAUCACGACAUCAAGAUCUUCCAGUGAUCAUGGUUUCACACAAGAUUGGAUUGAGAAUCAUGCCAACAGAGUAGCACAGAGACAAUUGGAGGUGCAUGAUGUGCCAAGUGGCCAACCAAGGACUCAGAUUCACCAACAAGAUGAAGAAGAACGUGGUGUAAAACUGGGACUGGGAGAUUUCAUUUUCUACAGUGUGUUGGUGGGAAAGGCUUCAAGUUAUGGGGACUGGAAUACAACUUUGGCUUGCUUUGUUGCCAUCUUAAUUGGAUUGUGUUUGACAUUGUUGUUGUUGGCGAUUUUCAAGAAGGCCCUUCCUGCUCUACCAAUUUCCAUCACAUUCGGUCUGAUAUUCUACUUUGCUACUAAAGAAAUUGUUAGUCCAUUCGCUGACAGCCUAGCAAGUGAACAAGUAUUCAUUUAGAUAGAUGUUUCAUUCCAAAUUAAUUACAAUUGUAAAAAUUGACUGCUGAUUUUUUUAACUUAUUUCAUUAAUGUUUCAUGUAUGUAUUGUACAUUAGUUUACCUGAUAAAAAAUAUUUUAAUAUUAUAGUUAUUAAUUUAAAAAAAUAAAUAUAUAAAUAAAUAAAGACAUUUUUUAAUCUAAUAUU